GAUGGUUAUGGAAGCAAUCACAGAUUUCCAAACAAUUUAAUGAACAAACGAACAACAAAACAAAGACACGAAGACAACUCGGCAAAAUACUGUGGCUAAGGCUAAACAUAAACUAUUAAACCAAACAUGGUACAGGGACACAGGUCAAGAAGACAAUUACGUGAGACAAAGAAGCAGUGCAAACAGUGGCUAUAUAUAUGGGUGCUCGUUAAACAAAAACAUGAUACAGGUGCAGGUGGUCAUGUGACAGUAAUAUGGUGCAGUGACUGCUGGGAAAUGAAGUCCAGAGUUACCUCCUUGAUAUAUGACACUGAUGUGUUGCUCAGUACCUGCACCUUACCAAAGAUCAUUGCUAGAUAUUGGUUUCAAGAUGGGACCAUUCCUUUUGCAGCUUGUUUUUUUCAGAUGUACUUAGUGCAUUAUUUUGGUGUGGUCAGUUCAUACACACUAGCUGUAAUGGCCAUAGCUCAAUAUAUAGCAGUUUGCUACCCAUUUCAUUACCAUACUAUUAUGUCAAAUAGAAAUAUACUAAUUUUGAGCCUAGCAGUCUGGUUUUUCUCACAUCCUUCCAGUUUAAUGAUGGUUGUUCCAGCUUCCCCACUUCCUUAUUGUGGCGCUAACACCACUGUACACUGCUAUUGUGAUCACAUAUCUAUUCCCCGACUUGCAUGCACUGACAGGACUCCAUAUAGUUUUCCAGCUUUUGUUUAUGCCAUGGUAGUAUUGUUGGGAUCUCUUAUUAUUGUGUUCUCCUGCAUUAUUCUAGCUGUCCUUCAAAUAUCAAGUACACAGGGGCAUCUAAAGACUUUUUCCACAUGUAGUUCACAACUCAUUAUAAUUGCGCUCUUCUUCUUACCAAGGUGUUUUAAUUACUUGGCCGCCAACAUAGGUAUCACAUUUAAUGCUGACUCGCAAUUAUAUAUAUAUAUAUAU